AUGCGUCCCCAUUUACGUGUGCCACGCGCUACUGAGUCCGAAUUCAUUUACCCGGAUCUCGGGACGCUAAUUGGCAACCUUGCCAUCUGUGGCGAUGAACACGUGUUUAUGACCCAAAAGCGCUCCAAUUUCCUUUGUGAGGAAAAACCUCACAGAUUUGGUCUCGCCUUCUAUCCCAUCUUAACUCGGGAUAUGGUUGUGAGACUGCUCCAAGCUGACCAGGCGUACCUGUCCGAGGUGGUAGUUUACGAUCCCGCCAACCAGCUUGGUCUCGUAGACGAUGCGGAGUACAGCCACAGAAGGUAA